CGUGAUUUCAAAACUGUCCCCUCGAGUCUGAGGCUUAUUACGUACGUACCUGCGCACUGCUCUCAGCGACCAAGUGGUGCUCUAGUGGACACUUGGAGGGUCCCCUCCCCUGUCGGCAUCUCGCCAGUGUGUCGGAAUGCAGCGAGCCGGCCAACAGCAGCAUCAACCCGCUUCCGACCCGUCUCCAUUCGCGAUCCGAUCCAUCCUCCACCAAGCUCCUCCAUGACGACGCCCAACACCUCGACGACCGUCCCAUGACGCUCCCUCUGCGAACUAACUUACACCAUCUCUCCUCUCAUCUCUACUCACCCUGACGGUCGCCACGAUCACCGCUUGCGUCCGCCAUGUGGCGAGACCGCACUAACCUAUAUAUCUCCUACCGGCAGUCGUAUGCGCACCAUCCCACGCAGCGGAGACCCUACGGACCCGGCGCGUCGGGGGCCGGUGCCUUGGCCGAUACCUACUCCAGCAGCAACUAUGCGCACGAAGAUCGCCGCGGCCUGCUGUCGGCCGGCGCAUUCGACGACGAUGGCGAUACCGUGAUUGAGAUGGACCUGCUUCCCCCACGCUGGGCCGACAUUUCCGACGAGAUCACUGACCUGCUCACCAACAUCGCUACCAAGAGCCAGAACCUUGAGAAGCUACAUCAGAAGCAUGUCCUUCCGGGCUUCAAUGACGACGACGCCAAGCGCGCCGAGGAGACCCAGAUCGAGAAGCUCACCCAGGAGAUCACAAAGGGCUUCCAUGACUGCCAUCGAUGUAUCCAGCAGGUCGAGCAGAUGGUGCGCGAGUCGAGGGAGUCUGGUACCAUCAGCAGGGCCGAGGAGACCAUGGCCAAGAAUAUACAAAUCUCUCUUGCCACAAGGGUCCAGGAAGCAAGCGCCAACUUUCGAAAGAAGCAGAGUGCAUACCUCAAAAAGCUCCGUGGCAUGGGCGGGCUUGCCUCCCCGACUCCCGGAUCCAGCACGCCUCAGCCUGGCUCCUACUUCGAUCCGUCCCUCCAGGAAUCCGACGCCGACCGCUCAUUCUCCCAAUCCACCCUUCAGCAGGCCACCCAGCAAAGGAUGCUACACUCCAAUGACGCUGCUAUUGCCCAGCGCGAGCAAGAGAUCGAGGACAUCGCCCAGGGCAUCAUUGAUCUGUCUGAUCUGUUCCGCGACCUCCAGACCAUGGUCAUUGACCAGGGCACCAUGCUCGACCGCAUUGACUACAAUGUCGAGCGCAUGAACACGGAUGUCCAGGCGGCCGAGAAAGAGCUGAAGGUGGCAUCUGGCUACCAACAGAAGUCGACCAAGAGGAAGAUUAUCCUUCUCUUGAUCCUCCUCAUCGCCGGCUUGUUCAUCCUUCUCAUGAUCAAGCCCAAGAAGCACGACUGAAACGUUCAAAGGAUCGACUAUGUCAGGAUACCCACCGUCGUCCCGGACCCGCGAUCUCUUUUUUUUG